AAUCAUAGUAAAACAACACUUUAUACAGAACCGAUGAAAAACCAUUGAUUUACCAUUAUUAAAUUAUUUUUUUCUUAACAUUUCUUAGAAAAAUCUUAUUAUUUAGUAAACCAAAAAAAAUCACCCUUUAAGGAUGUAAAACAUAAACAACAGCCCAAAACCAUUCGAUGCGUUACAAACCUGUUAUAAUCUAAAUAUAUAUCUAUACAAACAUAUGCAUAUUUCGUGAUGCAUUGACAGACAAAACAAAGAAGGAAAAUAGUAUUCCUUUCAGCAUGUAUCUAACAAGGAAAGGGAAAAUACAUCCUACUAUUAGGAGAAAAAGGUUGUAACCAUAAUUACUUUAGCAAUGGAUGUUUUGGCACAGUUUUUGAAAACAUUCUCUCAGGCUUCGGACGCCAAAUAAAGUGUUUUCAUCUACGCUGCCAAGCGUCCAGUUAGAAUGUGCCAAGUCAAUCAACUUCAUAUUAUACAAUUGACUUCCUUCUUUUUCAAAAUCUUGGGUACAAUUUUCCAGACUCUCUAGGUCGUAUGCUAGUAAAAGACUUGAUGAUCGAAACUCCACGGAAAGCGAUGAAACAUCGCUUUCAAAAUCUUCAAGCAGACUUGAAAACUUUUCUAGCAAAAACUUUUUGAGAUGAUUUGAACAAGGGGAGAAAAAUACUGAAAGACCUUGUAAGAUGGUAUCAUUACCAAUCCGUUUCCCCCAAGCUGUGGAAUAGGUAGCAUAUGAGCGAGAUGCUUUAUCCGCUACCAGGAUUCCAGUAAUGCGAAAUCCAAGACUUCCACUAGUUGUCAAUUGCGAAACCACGUCGAGUCUAGCGCGUUUCUCAGGAGAGGCGUCCAAUGCCCAAAGUUGUCUGCCAAGUUUAAUAUCCAUUACACAAGGACGCUUCAUAUCAUGUAUAAUGUUUUCAAGUAUAAACGCGCUACUGCGCAUCGAAAGAUUCGUAUCAUUUUCUAAACCAUCCACCCAAAGUUGUAGCUGUUUUGCGUGUUCAAUAUCCCAUUUUCCAUAAAACCGUGGAAUCCACUUGCGAAGUGCAUUACAUUCAUCACAAGAUGCAUAAAAGUAAAUUUCGCUCUCAAGGCAAGGCUUUACAAGGUAUUGACCGUCCUCACUAACAAGGACUUCUCCAUGGCCAGCGGCUUGUAAAUUAAAGGGUAUGAGUUUCAUUCAGUCAUUCAGAAGCCAAACAAUUAAAAAAAAAUAUUAUAGCAUACUUCCUAUACGGAAAUGCAAUGUCAACAUAUACAUGGUGGGUGUAUAUGCAAAGUAACAAUGUAACCGCCAAAACUUAUACUUACUAUUCGGUUGUUUUGGCAGUCAAUAUGCUUUUCACUGGUCGAUGCAUUUCACUGCUCACCAAUUUUGUAUAUAUUAUUCUCUUUUUACCUUUAAUCGUUUUUCCUACCGGAUUCUGCAAAUUUGUCGAAUAGGUAACAUCGUUACCUGACUUACAAAAUAAAAGUCACCGAGCAAAAUUUUCUUAACUUGGGCGAGCAACUAUUUCAAUUAGGUGUAAAAACUCACUUAUUUAAAGCAAGGAACCCGUAUAUCAUGUCUGUCAAUCCUAAGGCUUUUCCUUUGGCCGAUACUGGCUUAACUCAACAAAUUCUUGACUUGGUGCAACAAGGCUCCCAUUACAAGCAACUUCGUAAGGGUGCUAACGAGGCUACCAAGACCUUGAACCGUGGUAUCAGUGAAUUCAUCGUCAUGGCUGCCGAUACUGAGCCCAUCGAGAUUUUGUUGCACCUUCCUCUUCUUUGCGAAGACAAGAACGUUCCUUACGUUUUUGUUCCCAGCAAGGCUGCUCUUGGACGUGCUUGCGGUGUCAGCCGUCCUGUGAUUUCGGCUAGUAUUACUACCAACGAGGCUAGUGAUUUGGCUCCUCAAAUCCAAGCCAUCAGAUUGGCUAUUGAAAAGCUUCUCAUUUAGAGUUCUAAAAUAAAAUGGCGACAUGUUAGUGUCAAGUUAUCUAGAUA